CUUCUAACAAUUAAACAGUUUUAUUAUUUUAACACUUAAACUAUAUAGAACUUUUCAACUUAGUGCUCCAAGAUAAAUCCAGUUAUGUAAUGUUAAAAGGUUAUCAGAAGUGCAGUGCGGCCCUUCAUACACAAGUUCCACAAAAGUUUUUUAUGCGGCGCCUUCAGUCUCAUGCGUUUAGUUUUUCAAUUAUGACAAGGAUGAGCGGGUAUAAACCUCACCCUUCUGUACUGUUCUCCAUUAGGCGUUGCAUUAUUAACGUACGUGUACACCCCUACAGGAUGCUUCUUGCAAUUUAAGUGAUCUUUUGUGACACGCGAUGAUUUACCAUUUUAAACGUGAAAAGGAGGAUAUUUAGUAUCUUUAUAGAUGUCAACAUGGACGGUACGAAUUCAGCAUAUAAAGACUACGAAUGGGCUAUUGAAUUAAAUCGGCUCAGUUUAACAUUGCUCGGUAUUUGGCCAGAGAACCACGAAACAAAGCAGAAAAAAUUAAUAUCGGACAUACGUGUGAUCAUUACAUUAAAUCUAAUUACCUGGAUCUGCUUUAUUCCAUCUCUACACUCAUUGCUGAAGAUUUACGAUGACAUAAUGUCGACAAUCGAUAAUUUACAGUACACCUUGCCGCUUUUUAUGGCCAUGAUAAAAUUGUUCAUUAUUUGGCAAAAAAAAUAUGAUAUUCUACCUCUAUUAAAUAUGAUCAAAGACGAUUGGUUGAGACCAAAGACGUCAGAGGAAAGGAACGUUAUGAUAAAACAAGCGCGAAUCGCACGUAUUAUAACGAUAGUCGGUUACUUCGUAAUGUUACUAACUCUCAUCUUUAGCGUUGUUUUUCCCCUAUUUGGUUUUUCAAUCAGAUAUAGGACAAACAGAACAGACCCGGACAAGUCUUUGCCGAUUCAAACAUAUUACAUCUACGAUAAAGACAAGAGUCCAUUUUUCGAAAUAACGUAUAUUCUACAGAGUAUUUCAUUAGUACUGCUCGCCUUCAUGUAUUCUAGUCCGGACAGCUUCCUGAGUUUGCUAGUUUUUCAUGUGUGUGGUCAGCUGGAAAAUCUCAAGAAACGUGUAAUAGAUUUGGAUAAGUUUCAGGACUUCAGGAAUGUCCUAUCAUACAACGUUAGGAAUCAUAUACGUCUAAUCAGAUCUAUCAAUAUCAUUGACAAUGUGUUUACUAUAAUACUGCUAGGAGCACUCCUUUACUUUGGCAUAUUAUUCGCUUUUUACGGUUUUUUAUUUGGUACUAUGUUUAGCCGAGGUACAGAUGUUCCUGUAACACGUUUAACUUUCAUCGUGAUAGUAUCUUUAAAUUUUUUUGCGCAUAUGUGUCUCUACUGUGUUGUAGGUGAAAUUUUACUUGCACAAUGCGAGGCAGUGUACGAGGCUACCUAUGAAUACAAGUGGUACAUGUUGGAACCGAAAGAAGCGAAACAUCUAUUGAUGAUAAUGAUUCGUGCCAAUAAGCCGUUGUAUCUCACUGCAGGAAAACUGUUUCCUAUGACUAUGGCCCUGUUUUGUAACGUCUUAAAGACAUCAGGUGGUUAUAUAUCGGUUUUGUUGGCACAUCGGGAGUAAAAUAAGAAAUCUACAAAAAAUUAUCCGUAUCAAAUUAGUAGACAACUAGAUUUAUUAUGAAAUCCAAGAGUCUGACAGAUUAUAAAGAAACCAAACCAUUCAGAUAAAAUUACAAAUGACAGGGAAGAAUUUUUUUAAUUGAAUUUGGAUCUGCAUAGCAAAAUCAAUGUGUGCCGAGAAAUCAUUCUUCAGCGAGAACAUACGACUAAGUGGUAUAAACUCUCCAUGAAGUACGAUGAUAUUCUACAUAGAACAAUUUAUGUUUUCUAAAUGAUUUACCUGGAAUUUACAGAUAUGUGCGCUCCACUAAAUCAAGAUCAAUGAUAUUAUUCACCAGUUUGCACAGAAAUUCCAAGUCCAUUAAAACUCUACGAUUUUUAAUGUUAACUGAUUUAGUUCCUUUAACAAACAAUCAUAAUUCUGCUUAAAAAAUCUCAUCAGUUUAUGCAACUUACAGAUAACACGACGAAGAAACUUUUGUAUAUCUUGUCCAUAUCUGUCAUCAUCUAUAUCCUAUUCGCAUAAAAAUCAAUAUUUUUCAAACUAUUCUUUGAGGAGUUUGAAACUCGUUAAUAUAAAGUGAUGUCAUUAUGUAUAAAAUCGUCAAUUAAAUUAGACAUCGCAAAAUAAUAUGAAACUUCGUAAAUAUAACAUACUUAAUGUAUUGAAUAUUUUUGAAAGGUUAUAUAUCUAAUAUACAACCUAUAGGUAAUACUAAUAUAUCUAUAUUGCAAUAUUUCAAAUUGUUUCCCGUGUAUCAUUUGUAUAUACAAAUGCUGACAUAAAAUCUGAAAGAGUUAA